AUGGCCGACGAUGAGGACAGAGUUACCAUGCCCUUCAAGUUCGUGACUGGCUUCGAUGCGCGCUUCCCCAACCAGAACCAGACCAAGCACUGCUGGCAGAACUACGUCGACUACCACAAGUGCAUCCUCGCCAAGGGUGAGGAUUUCAAGCCUUGCCGUCAGUUCUUCCUCGCCUACAGAUCCCUCUGCCCCAGUGGUUGGGCCUCGAGAUGGGACGACCAGCGCGAGAACGGCACCUUCCCUAUGAAGCUGGACGAGUAA